GGAGCCUCCAGUGAAAGUGAAAGUGUUCAGACUCGUUCUCACUUCAAGGUACCUUGGAGCAGACGGAGGAGACGUGAAGUCUGAGGCUGUACCUGCAGAGAGGGGGAGGAGCCUCCAGUGAAAGUGUUCAGACUGGUUCUCACUUCAAGGAGCAGACGGAGGAGACGUGAAGUCUGAGGCUGGUGAGUGUUCAGCUACAUUUAUAUUAUUCAUUCAUAUUAUUUCACUGUCACUGACUCUGGGUCAGUUUUCUACUCAUGGACUUUAGAGAGAAGAAGAUUCAGGAUGAACUUCUGUCAGUAAAUCAACAGUUUGACUCGACGCUGUGAUUGGCUGAGUCCAACACAUUAAACCUUCAACUGUCUCAGACUGAAGAUGAGUGUUUAUGAGGAGGAAGAGGACAGAGCAGAGUCUCCAGGGUCCAGCUGUCUGUCUCUGAAGAGUGACUGGUCCAUGGAACCUCCUCCAGACUUCAGUAAUGAACCUGGACCCUCACCCACAGAGGAGAGGAAGAGGAGUCAUGUUUCUGAGGAGGAGCAGUCGUCCUGCUGUGCUUCGUGUCAGGACGUCCUGAAGGAUCCAGUCUCCACCAGCUGUGGACACUGGUUCUGCAGACAGUGCAUCACCUCAUACUGGGACCAGUCUGGUUCUUCAGGAGACUCCUCCUGUCCCCAGUGUGGACAAAGAUCCAGAACAGGAGCUGGAGGUCAGACAGCCGAUCGUGGUCUGCAGGAGGUUUCAGAUGAACAUAAGCUCAGUGUGAGGAGGAGAUGUGAACAUGUGACUGAAGGAAGUGAUGAAACAGGAAGUAGAACCCUCCUCAACAGGAUCUACACUGAGCUCUACAUCACAGAGGGACAGAGUGAAGAGGUUAAUACUCAACAUGAGGUGAGGCAGCUUGAGACGGCUUCCAAGAAGAAGAUCCUCCAGGACACUCCCAUCAAGGUCCACGACAUCUUUAAAGCCUCCACUGACCAGCAGAGCAGCAUCAGAGUCGUCCUGACCAACGGCGUCGCUGGCGUUGGAAAAACCUUCUCGGUGCAGAAGUUCACUCUGGACUGGGCAGAGGGUUUAGAGAACCAGGAUGUGGGUCUGCUGGCUGUGCUUUCGUUCAGGGAGCUGAACCUGGUGAAGGACCAGCAGCACAGUCUUCUCACGCUGCUCCAUGUUUUCCAUCCAGCGUUACAGAAGCUCACUGCAGAGACGCUCGCUGUCUGUAAACCUUUGUUCAUCUUUGACGGCCUGGAUGAAAGCAGACCUUCUCUGGACUUCAACCACAGGGAGCUUGUGUCUGAGGUCACACAGAGGUCAUCAGUCAACGUGCUGCUGACAAACCUCAUCCGGGGGAAUCUGCUUCCCUCGGCUCUCGUCUGGAUAACCUCCAGACCUGCGGCGGCCAAUCAGAUCCCUCCUGCAUGUGUUGACAGGGUCACAGAAGUACGAGGCUUCACUGAGGCCCAGAAGGACGAGUACUUCAGGAGGAGGUUCAGUGAUGAAGAGCUGUGCAGCAGAAUCAUCUCACACAUCAAGACGUCCAGGAGCCUCCACAUCAUGUGUCAAAUCCCAGUCUUCUGCUGGAUCAGUGCUACAGUUCUGGAGCACAUGUUGACCACAGACCAGAGAGGAGAGCUGCCCAAGACCCUGACUGACCUGUACUCACACUUCCUGCUGGUUCAGACAAAGAGGAAGAACAACAAGUACGGUGAGGGACAUGAGACGAGUCCACAGCAGCUGACGGAGGCUGACAGGGACGUUCUCCUGAAGCUGGGGAGGCUGGCACUUAAACAUCUGGAGGAAGGAAACAUCAUGUUCUACCAAGAAGACCUGGAGCGGUGUGGUCUUAAUGUCACAGAGGCCUCGGUGUACUCAGGAGUUUGUACUGAGAUCUUCAGAAGAGAGUGUGUGAUCUUCCAGAAAUCAGUCUACUGCUUUGUUCAUCUGAGCGUUCAGGAGUUUCUGGCUGCAGUCUACAUGUUCCACUGUUACACCGAGAGGAACACAGAAGAACUCAACAACUUCUUGGGAACAUAUGGGAACACAUGGGGUACCCUUGAUGAUGUCCUGAAGAGAACCAUGGAGAAAUCCCUCACCAGUACAAAUGGUCAUCAGGACCUGUUUGUUCGCUUCCUUCACGGCCUCAGUCUGGAGUCCAACCAGAGAGUCUUAGGAGGCCUGCUGGGUCGGACAGGGAACAAUCCAGAGAUCAUCCAGAGAGUCAUCAACAACCUGAAGAAGAUGAAGAGUGAUGACAUUUCUCCUGACAGAAGCAUCAACAUCUUCCACUGUCUGACUGAGAUGAACGACCACUCAGUUCAUCAGCAGAUGAAACAGUUCCUGACGUCAGAGAACAGAUCAAAGGAGAAACUCUCUGAGAUCCACUGCUCAGCUCUGGCCUACAUGCUGCAGAUGUCAGAGGAGGUUCUGGAUGAGUUGAACCUGGAGAAGUUCAACACAUCAGACCAGGGUCGACGGAGACUGAUCCCAGCUGUGAGGAACUGCAGGAAGGCUGUACUCGGUGGUUGUGGACUCUCAGAGACUCACUGUGAAGUCGUGGCCUCAGCUCUGAAGUCAGACCCCUCACAUCUGAGAGAACUGGAUCUGAGUUACAACAAGCUGCAGGAUUCAGGAGUGAAGCUGCUGUGUUCUGGACUGGAGAGUCCAAACUGUCGACUGGAGACUCUGAGGUUGUGGAGCUGCAGUCUGACAGAGAUCAGCUGUUCUUCUCUGGCUUCAGCUCUGAGGUCAAACCCCUCUCAUCUGAGAGAACUGGAUCUGAGACUAAACUACCUGCUGGACUCAGGAGUGAAGGAGCUGCUUGAUCUUCAGCAGAGUCCAACCUGUCGCCUGGAGACUCUGAGGUGGAGGGGAUCUUUGUGGAGCUGAGUGUGAAGAGGACAGUGUGAAGAGGACAGUGUGUGUGGACGGAGGCUGAGCUGUGUCCUGAGGAUCCAGAGGCUGAAGCAGCAGCAGCUUGUGUGUAGUCUCCAAUCUACACAACCCCU